ACAGCACCUGGUGAACUUUUCAGAUCACUUGUGUUUGUGAAGCCAUGAUGAUGAAGUGGACUGUCUUUUGCGUUGUGGCGCUGGCUUUGCUUGGCAGCUUCUGUGAUGCUCAGGGGUACGCAAAACCUGGUAAGCCAUCAAAACCCCAAUCACCACCUACGCAAAACCAACAGCAAUUGCAGACAUUUGAGAAAGAGCUCACCUGGAGGUACCCCGACGAUCCCCAGCCAGACCCCAAGCCUAAUGUGCCAUUUGAGUUGAGAUACCCUGUUCCUGCUGCAACCGUUGCUGUUGAGUGCAGAGAGAGCAUAGCUCACGUGGAGGUCAAGAAAGACAUGUUUGGCACCGGCCAGCCGAUCAAUCCAAAUGACCUCACCCUGGGUAACUGUGCGCCUGUUGGAGAGGAUAGUGCCGCUCAAGUGUUGAUUUAUGAAGCUGAACUGCAUCAAUGCGGAAGCCAGCUGAUGAUGACAAAUGAUGCUCUCGUCUACACCUUCGUUUUGAACUAUAACCCUACGCCUUUGGGAUCGGUUCCUGUUGUGAGAACCUCCCAAGCUGCUGUGAUCGUGGAAUGCCACUACCCAAGGAAGCACAAUGUGAGCAGCCUUCCUCUGGAUCCCCUUUGGGUCCCAUUCUCUGCAGUUAAGAUGGCUGAGGAGUUCCUGUACUUCACUAUGAAACUCAUGACUGAUGACUGGAUGUACGAGAGGCCAAGCUACCAGUAUUUCCUGGGAGACCUGAUCCGUAUAGAGGUUACUGUCAAGCAAUACUUCCAUGUACCCCUGCGUGUUUACGUGGACAGAUGUGUGGCAACCCUCUCUCCCGAUGUAACCUCAAGCCCCAACUAUGCCUUCAUUGAUAACUUUGGGUGUUUGAUUGACGCCAGAAUCACAGGCUCUGACUCAAAGUUCAUGGCUCGCACCCAAGAGAACCACCUUCAGUUCCAGUUGGAGGCCUUCAGGUUCCAGAAUUCUGACAGUGGAGUGAUCUACAUCACCUGCUACUUGAAGGCAACGUCUACUAGCCAGGCCAUAGACAGCCAGCACAGAGCUUGUUCCUACACUGGCGGAUGGAGGGAGGCCAGUGGAGUUGAUGGAGCUUGUGGUUCUUGUGAGACCAACGUGACGCCGUACACCGCUCCAGCAGUUACAUUCGCUUCACCACCUGUCGUUGUUACUGAUGGUGGUGGAGUAACGCUUCCAGCUCCAGGCAGUCCAAAAGUCCCUUAUAAUCCGAGGAAAGUCCGUGACGUCACCCAAGCCGAAAUUUUGGAAUGGGAAGGCGUUGUCUCUCUGGGCCCCAUCCCCAUCAUGGAGAAGAAACUCUGAAAAACAGAAGUGUAACAUGAUAUUCCGCUGUAGCCAUGAACACCAUAAUAAAAAGUAUCAUUGGUUCA